AUAGAUGCUUGAAAAGAAAAGGGGGCCCAUCCCAUUACAAUACUUUGUGCCGCUAAUCCGAAAAUGGUGAGUUCAAGAAAGGAGCAGGCCGGGUUCCCUCUCCGAUGGUUGUGAGGCAUGCACGCAUUUUAGUUUUCAGAUGAAGAAGUUGUGGUGUUAUGCUGGGCUCGUGUCAAGCAUCAACGCCCAGUCACUCGCUACAUUAAAAGGCUCUGGAAAACCAAUUGGUUUGGGUGAUGGCCCAGGCACACUAACAGAGUUCCCUUGUGAAGGUCCCGGAGCUACAGUUGUAGGUUGUAACCUGCAAAAACAAACAAAAACAGAAGUUCACGUGGGAACUGUACUGGUUAUAAUUUCUUGGCUUGCAUAAUCCAAACUUUUGGCACACUCAUGACUCAUCCUCCCAUCACUUUAUCAUCUUCCCAUCAUUUGUACAUUUCUGUGCAUUAAGAUCAGAAUUCAUAGACUUUUCUUCGUUUUAUUUUUCUCUUUUAUAAAUGAGGAAAAAAGAAAUUUCAAUUAAAAUGAUGAUGGGUUUCUUUAGAAUCAAUUCCGUGAAUGCUAAGUUUGAGUUUGCCCCCUUUUCUGCUUUGCUUUUUGCAUCCUUUCUCCGAUGCUUCCUGAGCUCGUCGGCUGUGCGUAGAAGUCGAAGGUGUUGACAUGGAACAGAGUAUCAUAUCUUAUUCUAACAGGGGACACAGUGGAAUUUACAUAUAUACACAAAUUCAAUUGUAUUCUUUUAAAGAAAUAAACCCAAAUUCAAUCUUGUCUAAAGAUACUGAGAUAUAACGUUUGAGAGUCUCUUUCCAUGCAGGGUGACCCUAUAAUAAAUUGCAGGGUGACCUUAUAAUAAAUUUUCUUUGUCCUUAGAAAGCAUAAAGUCACAAUGUGUCAUUGGGAUGGAAUAUUGGCAUUAACCACACUUGUCUUCUCCUUCUAUCUUGUCCUUCUUAUACUCUUCACACAUCCAUUCAUCAAGUUCAAAAGCAUCAGAUUUUUUUUUUCCUUAUAUGCAUGUUGUUUCUACAAUUUUCAAGGGCAUUUUAGUCCCCGGAAUUGGCUAACAUAUCCCUUUCUCUAUAAAAAAAAUUCCACCCACCACAAUAUUACUACUCGCAUAAAUCGAGUGCUGUUUCCUUCUCAAUUUGCCUCUACCAUGACUUGUUCCCACCCACAAUGAAAAAGGUAACCCUGCAAGAUUCUGCCUCUUCCCCUGGAAAAGCAUCGCAAUUUGCCGCUGAAUGCUGGUUCGACGACGCAUGCAUACUCACUAUGGACUAUUUCGUUAAGACCUUAGCCGGCAUUAAGGCCAAGGGGGUUCGUCCUGAACUUAUUGGCUCAAUCAUAGCUCACUACUCGUCCAAAUGGUUACCUGAGCUAUCUGGUGAUAAUGCUUAUUGUGAGAGGGGAUCACUAACGAACAUCGAAGAAUCACCAGAAAGUGUCACAGCUUCGUGGAUGAAGAAGAGAUUUUUCGUUGAAACUCUAGUGGGUGUUUUGCCUCCAGAGAAAGACUCAAUUCCAUGCAAUUUCAUGCUUCGCCUUCUCCGGACGGCAAACAUGGUUGGGGUAGAGCCUACAUAUAGAGCUGAGCUUGAGAAGAGGAUUUCGUGGCAGCUCGACCAAGCUUCAUUGAAAGAGCUAAUGAUACCAUCUUUUAGCCACACUUUUGGGACGUUACUAGACGUUGAGCUAGUGACUCGGUUUGUGAAGAGAUUUGUUAGUUUGGAUGAGGCAGCUAAAAGUGGACCUGCUGCUUUAAUUAAGGUAGCUAAGCUUGUGGAUUCUUACUUAGCAGAAGCAGCUGUGGAUGCUAAUUUGAGUUUGUCAGAGUUUGAUGAUCUUGCUUCUGCUCUUCCAGGCUAUGCUCGAGCCACUGAUGAUGGUUUAUACAGAGCCAUUGAUAUCUAUCUCAAAGCACAUCCUGGAUUAACAAAGCGAGAAAGGAAGAUUCUUUGUAGAUUAAUCGAUAGCAGGAAGCUCUCCCCUGAGGCAUCAAUCCACGCUGCUCAGAACGAAAGGUUGCCUGUUCGUGCUGUGAUCCAAGUUCUCUUCGCUGAGCAAACCAAGCUCAGUCGACACGUAGAUUGGAGUGAGUCCUUUAAUAGCAACAGGAGCCCGAACCCUUCAGUGUUGGACCAUCCUGGAAGAUGCUUUUCAAACCGUUAAAUGAAUUCUCAACAAAUGGAGAUAUCGAAGUUAAGAGAAGAUGUGCUUAGGCUACAAGGGCAAUGCCAUGCCAUGCAAAUGCAAAUGGAGAGGAUGGUGGAGAAGAAGAAAGGGUUUUUUAGGUGGAAGAAGUUGGGGAUAAUGUCCACUUUGAAAAGUGUUAGUACUGCAACUGUUGAGAAGAUUGAAGAGGGUGAUGGAGAAGGAGAAGCUGGGUUUGAGAGGCUGACUCCUGUGAACAUGAAGACUAAGUUGGUGAAGGGUAGGACUCCUCCAAAGUGGAGAAACUCUCUGUUUUGAAUGUGAAUUUUCAAGGAAGAUGUCUGACAUAUGGCUAUUUUUUCCCCCCUUUUUUAACGUUGUUAUGCUAUGUGGUUUGUUUUUGUUUGUAUUAAUAAGAAAUAAUCAAUAUUUUCAGCUUUAAA